AUGGUGACUUGUCUUGCAGAACCCAAGGAUGGCAGCAUAUGUUCUCGAUCUUUUUUCAACGACGCGGAUCAAGCUGAAGCAUCCAUAGUUUCGGCAUGCAAAUACUUUCCUGGCCGUAUAUUUUUGGCCGAUACUGACAAAAACGAACAUAUAUUGUUAGAAGGCCUUCAGGUGGCUGGAGCAAUUGUAUCUGGUUAUUGGGGGCCCCCUUUCCGGAGCGUUUCCUCUUCGACGCUUCGGUUUAUAGCACACGACUUGACGAUUGCUAAUGACGAUAUACCGAACUCCUGGAGCUUUCCUCGGCUAAAGGCUAUGCACACGUUGAACCUCAAAAACAUAUCCUCUCCUCUGAAGAUCGAAUUUUCAGAAAAUGUUGUGGUGGAAAACGCUAAUAUCGAAAAUGUGCCAUUUGCGUCAGGUUUUCUGCCAAACAUGGGCGCUGUUCACUCCCUUCAAGCAAUCGACAACCCGGGCCUCAAGCUGAUUGAUUUAUCCAAUGCAAGCUAUUUUCACAUUCAAGCUCCACCUUCCGAUCCUUCAUUGAAAGUCUACUCUUCUGCUAAAACUUUUUUUAAUGGAGAGAUAUACGGAGCUACUGAAGUACACAUGCCAGUUUUGGAAUUUUGCCAAAGCUUGAUUUUGGCAGCUAACUACUUCUCGUCAUAUUUGGCACCAAAACUUGAGUAUGUCCAGGAAAAUUUCGAGAUUACUAGCAACGAAAAUUUGCGGUCAGUAUCCUUACCACUUCUGCAACGUAUUGCAUUAUUGGAGCAUAGCGAGAGUUUUUACAACAGCAGCGACACACCUGUUGGCAAUUCAUCGCUUAAAAUCGCAGGAAACAGAAACUUGCAGAAUAUUUCUAUGCCAGUCUUGACACGUGUCGAUAAAGAUCUAGAGAUCUCGGGUAGCAAAGACUUGACACAUGUCGAUUUAACGAGUUUGGCGGAAAUUCGUGGUCGACUGGCUGUGAUAAAUGGCACUUUCACAAAAAUACCAUUGCCUUCCUUGAAGACUUUGUCUCCUUCGCUUCUUGGCGCGAUGAAAAAUGGUACUUGGAAUUGUAGUCACAUACCAUCAGAGCUUGGAUCCAUCGAUACUCCUGGGGGGAGUCUUGCAUGUCUUGAUUUCAGCCCCAGGACUAAAUAUGCACCAGUCUCGGAAAAUGUUGGCUCGAAACAUGGCUCUUCGUCUAUCUUCGUCGCACCUUCCAUAAUAUUUGCAAUUCUGUUAGCUAUCUGCAUUAUAAUAUCUGUCAAAAAUUGUAUGAGAUCGGUUUUCGUUUUCGAACCCACGAAACCGAUGUCAUUCAAUAUUCUAUCUAGUUAUCGUACCAGGAUUGAAAAUAUGCCCGAACUCAUGACCGUGGAGCGACCGGUUGAAUUAUCAGACCCAUGGCAAGAGAUGUAUGAGCUUGAGGCCACGGAGUACCACGAGUUAGAUUCAUUGCCCAUAAAUCUGACGUCGAUGGAAACGAGCUAUUCGGUAAUUCAGAAUCCACUUUUGAAUGACUUGGGGUAA